GAUGAGAAACAGGAUGGCAAGGAGGGUGACAUCACAGAGAAGCGUUAGGUGGUCUUUCCACAACUGGGUGAGCCAGAGGUCCUGGAAAAUGGAGAGGGAGAUGCAAGUGUGAGCCAGAGGGCCUGUGCCUGGAAUUCCUUCCCAAUUCUGUGCCCUUAUUUCUGCACCUUCCCUCCAUAUACAUGCAGUCGUCUGGGGAUCUCGAAAAUGACGAGCAGGCAGCCAGUGCCAUCUCUGAGCUGGUCAGCACAGCUUGCGGCUUCCGACUGCACCAUGGCAUGAAUGUUCCCUUCAAGCGCCUGUCUGUGGUCUUUGGAGAACACACGCUGCUGGUGACUGUGUCAGGACAGAGGGUGUUUGUGGUGAAGAGGCAGAACCGAGGCCGGGAACCUAUUGACGUCUGAGCCUGCCAGACGGUCAGGGUCGGAGCAGUGGACUGGGCCUCUGGGUCUCUGUGUUGAGGAGAAGCACACACCCCGACACUUUCCUCGGCUUGCUGCUGGAACCAGGGCCUUCUGGUCAUCCACAGUUACCUGAAGAGUAGAGACUUGGGGAUUUUGUGCUAUGUUAAGAACUUGAGCAAGGGGGCCCCCUUUCUUUCCUUCCUCCACCACCCUCCCCAAUAAACACGAACCUGGUAUGACCUAGGCCUAGGGAUGUUUGUACAGAGCGUCUGUGCUAGGAGGGGUUGCUUUUUGUCUGCUAACUUUUGUGGAAACAAUCUGUAUUUCAGCCCAGGAUGGGUGGGGCAGGGCCACCACCAUUAUAAAACUAGGAAUAGGAAAAACAGCCAGGAAGGGAGCUGUUUGCGCACAUGCAGAGGGAAACUUCCUGAACUCCUGUGAUUUGUUCCUUCCAUUAACACACAAACAGCAGCCAUUUUUCUCCCUCCUGAAUGGGCAUUUAAUAGUCUUAUUUCAGUUGGAAGCUGUAGUUGAAGAAUAAGUUACAGCAACAGAGGGUUCCCCCCCCCACA